AACUUGCCAGAUGGACAUGUACGGAGUUCUUGGGGCGCUCCAACCACUCCUGUAUCUGUUGGUUGUGAGCAGAUGUGAAGCGAGCGAAGUGCUGUAUCAUUGCACCUUCGAGUCCAACGAAGACUGCAGGCUGGAGCAGGAUCCGAGCGAUGAGUUUGAUUGGGAGGUUCAUCGCGGGAUGGCUCCCUCCAACCACGCCCGAUUUCACUCUCGCCGGUCGCGCCAUCAUCGCUCAGUCUGGAAGAGAGGCAGCCUCCGGUACGAAACGUACUCAGGCCCACUCAGCGUUUUCAGGGAGCUCUCCAUCGAAGAACGGGAACUCCUUAACAACAAUGUCUUCAUUGACCUGUCACCGGAUCCCUUCCCACACUGGCCUUUUGUUGACCACACUUACGGGAAUGACUCAGGUCAUUUUGCACACCUGGUGGCGAAAGAUAACACCCAGACAAGCGGCCAUGCCCGUAUCAUGUCGCCCGAGAUAACGAUGCCCGAUUCCGUGGAGGCCGACCUGACUUUCUUCUACCAUCUAUGGAACUUCAAGGGGAGACCGUCGGCCGGCCGGCUGAAAGUCUUCGUCUGUGAGGGCCAGGAUCUGGUCUUCACGGCUACGGCUAGCCUCGGCAGUGUAUGGAUGAAAGCUGAAGUGCGGAUAAAAUGCAACGGCACCUUUAGGAUAAUAUUUGAAGGUUUCAUCGGAGGCAAAGACAUAGAAAUUGCAAUAGACGACGUGAAUGUUACCGUUAGUAAUGGAACCCCCCCUACAGUGCAGCCGCACACGACGUGGAAUACGGGUAACGAGUCCAACGCGACCACUACGAGCCUACCAACCACGAUGACCUCUGCUGGUCCUAGCAAUCCCGAGCCGGGGCCGGAGGGACCUGACACGGGUGUGGAUCCAGAGACAGCUGUGAGCCUGGUCGUCAUUGCACUGGUUCUAUUUGCGGCUACGUGCUUCAUGCUGCUAGUGACCCUGAUGAUUCACAUCCGCUUCAGAUCCAAGAGAAGGAGACGGGGACGGUUUCAUGAGCCUUUCACAUUUGGGUCAGAGUUCUUCAACCGCCAUUCCAUGGAUCCCAGCGAAGCUACGGCCUACAUGACCCUGAACUUCCCCCCUAGUUCCACCUCUGGUUCGGGGCUAGAGUUCCUCUCAAUGUCCGAACGUCGCUCCUGCGACGCAAGGGACUCAAAACGGUCAAAACCUUCCGACGGCGCACAAUCCAAGCGCUCGUCAGGGCUACAUGCCUCAGCCGAGAGCAUCCGCCGAAGCGCGUAUACUAGGCGCUCCACCGGGGGCCAACGCCGCCAGAGCCGGACCUUCCCUGUCUCUAAGGAGCUAAAGAAUCUACUGGAGAGUGUGCAGAUGCGCAGGUUCCGGACGCUGAGCCAGCACAUGUCGGUGGCAGAUGUAGAGACUCUACGACGUACGCUCAGUAGUCAAGGCGAAACCGCCCCAAACAGCGACCGGACUGUGUCGACCGUUCUACUAGACGCCACCGCGUCCUCCCUGAGAAAGAUGAGCGACAUGUCUGAUCAUUUUUACUAUAGCCUGUUUCCGACAGUAGGUAUUGUCAGCUGCAAGAACUCGCUGGUGGCCUCCGAGGACUCCGACCAAAUUAUUGAACUGAAGGACAGAAGGCCCGCCUCAGGUGAAUAUGACUCUGAUGAUCUUGAAGUACAGGCAGUAACUAGUGGCUCCUUGCUCAUUAAGUCCGAGAGUCAGAGCGAAUCUGAGAGUGACCGAUCGGUGGCACCGGAGACAACCCAGAUGGUGGACAAUGAGAUCUAUGAAUGUUUUACCAACUCUGACGCAUCUAGCUCAGGAACGGUACAAUAGCCAAACAUCUGACACCGAACCCUCUAGUUUAACGAUUCUCUAUAGAGUUCCCACCUGCAUAAGGUCAUUGUGAAAGAAACAUGUCCAUCACAAUAUGCUUCGGACACCCACGGCAAGGUUAAGUUCAAAGAACACUUAGAAAUUCACCGGCACUGCAGGAUUUUACUUGGAUUUUAAUCUGAGUACUGCAGAAACCCGUGGUCCAAUCACUUUCUUGUUGGUUAGUGAGAACUGAGGCGCAUUUCCAGUGGCUCUUUGAAGGGUUAAUUUUAAAAAGAGAUUGCACUGACAGGCAACGGUUGGUUGCCGUGAAUGGAUUCUUGUAAUAAAGCGUUUCACUUAAGUGUUAACA